UAAAUUCCUCAUCUAUGCCUGUCUGCUGCUGUUCUCUGUGCUGCUGGCCCUUCGUCUGGAUGGUAUCAUUCAGUGGAGUUACUGGGCUGUGUUUGCUCCAAUAUGGCUGUGGAAGAUAAUGGUCAUUGUUGGAGCCUCAGUUGGAACUGGAGUCUGGGCGCGAAAUCCUCAAUAUCGAGCAGAAGGAGAAACAUGUGUGGAGUUUAAAGCCAUGCUAAUUGCUGUGGGCAUCCACUUGCUUCUGCUGAUGUUUGAAGUCUUGGUCUGUGACAGGAUUGAGAGAGGGAGCCAUUUCUGGCUUCUGGUCUUCAUGCCACUCUUCUUUGUUUCCCCGGUGUCUGUCGCAGCUUGUGUCUGGGGCUUUCGACAUGACCGGUCACUAGAGUUAGAAAUCCUGUGUUCUGUCAACAUUCUGCAGUUUAUAUUCAUUGCCUUAAGACUGGACAAGAUCAUCCACUGGCCAUGGCUUGUGGUGUGUGUCCCCCUGUGGAUCCUCAUGUCCUUCCUGUGCCUGGUGGUCCUCUAUUACAUCGUGUGGUCUGUCUUGUUCCUGCGCUCUAUGGAUGUGAUUGCAGAACAGCGAAGGACACACAUAACCAUGGCACUGAGCUGGAUGACCAUUGUCGUGCCUCUUCUUACUUUUGAGAUUCUGCUGGUUCACAAACUGGAUGGCCACAAUGCUUUCUCUUGUAUUCCAAUAUUUGUCCCCCUGUGGCUCUCAUUGAUCACGCUGAUGGCAACUACAUUUGGACAGAAGGGAGGAAACCACUGGUGGUUUGGUAUUCGCAAAGAUUUCUGCCAGUUUCUGCUUGAAAUCUUCCCAUUUUUGAGAGAAUACGGAAAUAUUUCAUACGAUCUCCACCAUGAAGAUAAUGAAGAAAUGGAAGAAACCCCAGUUCCAGAACCUCCUAAAAUUGCUCCUAUGUUUCGCAAGAAGGCCAGGGUGGUUAUUACACAGAGCCCUGGAAAGUACGUCCUCCCCCCUCCCAAAUUAAAUAUUGAAAUGCCAGACUAAAGGGCAUUUGUGGGGCCAGAGCGUGAGUGGACUGGGUUGUACUCUCCCCCAUUCCUCUGCCUCUCCCCCGCCCAGGCCAGAAUGGUGCUGGGCCUCCAGGGACCUCCAUCUCAUGCCUCGUUUGCAUUCAGUGUCAAUCAGCCACUCACCACAAUGGGACGCAGAGGUGGCAGGAGACCGAGGACAUCCAUGGAUAUGGAUGCCAGGGGGCGUAUCAGAGAGGGAGGAACCUACUUUCCUCAGUUUAGGCGCCUGAGGCAUGUGCUCGUCCCCAUGGUACCCACCUGGGGAUGCCUGCUCUGGGAUGGCUGCUUGGUUAGGCCUGCAGAAGGAGCAUCUAUGGCCAGGGAAGUUUUUGAAGUGCUAAAAUUCUCAUCAAAGCAUUGUUGGAAGAUGUGGUUUUCAUGGGGCUACCUGCAUGUGCAGCUCAGAGCUGUGCUGCUGCAGGCAGCCAGUGGGGACUGUAUCCAGGUCUGCACAUACCUGGUGUUCAGGCACAGCACAGCCAUGCUUUUCCCUGUCCUUAUCGUGGAGAGGUUUUCCUUUGGGCAUACUGACAGCAGGUCUUCAUAACCUCAUCAGUGAGCCCUUCCCAAUGGAGUGACUUCAUGCCUGUAUAGUAUUUAUACAAAUAUUUUAGCAUUGUAAUAUACAGUGUCAAAUCCUAGUUCUGUACAGCAUAUUCUGUUAAAGUAUUUUUUUACAAGCUUGUUCUGGAGACAGACGUGUUCUGCCAUAAAACUGUAGAAGUAGGUGGCACACCUUCCGCGCCCCAGAGGAGUGCUACACCUCCACGGGACAUUGCCAUUAAUGCCCUGAAACUCCUUCACAUGAAUAGUAGCUGCUCCUGCCUGCACAGCCAUGACAAGCAAGAAUAGGGCUGUGCUUUUCCAACACCCAGGGAAAUCUGCCGAGCAGAAACCUACAAAGCACUGCUUGAGGCCAGACACUGGAGAAGGUUGCUAAGAGCAGAAAUGGCCAGGGACUCCUGUCUCUGUUAAAGCCUGGCCUUCUGCCUUCUGACAAUAAGAGGGCCAUACACCAGUGGGCAUGCCCGUGCUAUCACCUGAUGAUGCAGUUUCUCCAGGCUCUACUGCUCCAGCCAGCCUGGAACCCAAUACUGAAUACUGUAAGCAUAGUAGCCUCUAUCAGAAUCAAAUAGGUUACUUUCCAAAGGACAUAAGAGGAGCAUUGAUACUCCUGCCCAGGAGACGCAGGCAGGUUUUCAACAUGGGCAACUACUCAAUUGGCCUCAAUAGGGAAUAAUUGAAGUCCAUUGUUUCCCUGAUCCCAUCCCUAGUGUGGAAGUCCAGAAAACCUGUUCUGGUUUCAGGAAAAAGGGGGACCAGAAUGGUGUAGCCUUUCCUGCUUGGUGUAUAAAAUGUGUAGCUAGGUCCACUAUUUCUGCUCCUUGUAAUUGUUCAAUAAACUAAU